AUGAACAAGAAGAAGAAGAAGAAGAAGAAGAAGAAGAAGAAGAAGAAGAAGAAGAAGAAGAAGAAGAAGAAGAAGAAGAAGAAGAAGAAGAAGAAGAAGAAGAAGAAGAAGAAGAAGAAGAAGAAGAAGAAGAAGAAGAAGAAGAAGAAGAAGAAGAAGAAGAAGAAGAAGAAGAAGAAGAAGAAGAAGAAGAAGAAGAAGAAGAAGAAGAAGAAGAAGAAGAAGAAGAAGAAGAAGAAGAAGAAGAAGAAGAAGAAGAAAAAAAAAAAAAAAAAAAAAAAAAAAAAACGUUUCAGACUGAAGGCAGUUCGGCCAAAAAAUGGCCAAUCUGAUUGCUCAGUCACCAGAUCAUAA